UGCGUCGGCACGGUCACGUGUGUUUUGAAAAGUGAAUGCGGACGAGAAGAGGGAUGAGAAGCCUCGUUGCGUUUGAGCGAGACGCUGAAACAGAAACAAAUUUAGCUCGUUGUGUUUAUACGAUUUGAUAGAAUACCAGCUGCGGCUUGCUGCCCUGGCUUAGUUAAGCAACUGCCAGCUCUCUGUGGCGUUAGCGUUACAUUUGUUUCGCCAUCAUUAGCUCGUAUUAGCGCAGGGACGGGUCUCGCGCUGGAGUUUCAGUAACAGACAAACACAAGUUUAUAAGUGUCUUUUUAAAUUUUUUUAUUAACAAAAUGGUGUUUUUCACAUGUAACGCGUGUGGCGAAUCACUGAAAAAGGCUCAAGUGGAUAAACACGUGAGCAUGUGCCGGGGUUGCCAGGUCCUGUCCUGCAUCGACUGUGGAAAAGACUUCUGGGGUGAUGAUUACAAGAACCACAAUAAAUGUAUCAGUGAAGAUCAGAAGUAUGGAGGCAAAGGCUAUGAGGCCAAGGCCAACAAAGGAGAUGUGAAACAGCAGCAGUGGAUCCAGAAAGUCAACGAGGCCAUGAACAAACCUGGCAUCAGUGCGAAGCUAAAGGAUGUUCUCAGACAAGUCAGUACGUAUGAUAAUGUCCCAAGAAAGAAGGCAAAGUUUCAGAACUGGAUUAAAAACAGUCUUAAGAUAAACAACGCCAGCCUUCACGAUGAAGUCUGGAACAUUCUUGCUGCAGCUGAUGCUGCUCCGGAGGUUGUCCCACAGCAGACCAAGAAAGAAGAACCCACAGCAGCUGAGGUCAACGUGCCCGCUAAUGAGAAUGAGGAUCAGAACGGUCAGGCAAAUGGUGAGAAGAAGAAGAAGCUGAACAAAAGGGAGCGUAAGGAAGCUCGUCAGCAGAAGAGUGGGAAAGCCACGAAGGCCGCUUUGACACAAGAGCAAGAGGAAGACCAUGCAGGCAAGAAGAAGAAAGGCGAUAAAAAGAGAAAGCACAGCAGUGAGGACGGAGACGAAGAGCAGAAUGGCUGCAAUGGUGGAAAUGAGACAAUUAACAAGAAAAUGAAGAUUGCAGAAAUGGCAGAGGUUGCUGAUAUAACCAUGUCAGAAGACACUGAGGAUCAAACGGCUUCCAAAGGCAAAUUCAACUGGAAGGGGAAUAUCAAAGCAGUACUGAGAGACUCGCCUGACCAGGAACUGUCAGUCAAGAAACUAAGAAAGAAGAUUUUGGCGGCCUACUACACUUUCACUGGUGAAGGAAACUUUAAGAAGGAGGAGGAGGUGUUCGCACUGUUCAACAAGAAGAUCAAUAAUAAUCCCAAAUUUAGAGUUUUAAAAGACAAAGUGAAACUUGUAAAGUAGACUUGUUUAUCCCAUCACCUGACAUGAUAUGUACAUUUUCAUAGACAUGUAAAAUUGUAAAAUGUUAGGCUAUUAAUUGCCCACUGUCCUUCCCUGGAAGUUUUACACCGUAUGGCAUAAUCUUGAAGAUUAAACCAUUUUUCUUAAUAAGUGAA